AUGGGAUGUGGGAGUUCGAAAGUUGGGUUCGACGAUGAGGAUCAUUCGGUGCCUUUGGGCGUCCGCUCCCAGCUUCGACAUCGGAUCCAAAGUAACAUUAGGAUGAGGAAACGGCGGAGCAAACACUGCUCUACCCUCUCCACAAUGCAGCUCCUUCCCAAGGGCAGCUUAGAAUCCUCAAAGGGAACUUCCUCCCCUAAUUCUUCAUGCGCCAACACUCACGAUCAUCAUCGUCACGCGGUAGAAGAUAAGAAGGUAGCUGAUGCCAAUUGUCACAGCAGUGUUGCGAACGCGAGUGGCGUCAACCAUUCGAGCACAACAUUAACAAGGAGUGAAGACGAAGAAGGCGUGACAGAAGACAAGAUGGUGGUGGAGGCAGUGACUGCAGCCAUAGAGGAGGCCAUCAUGGUGGAGGCGGAGGUGGAGCUGGAGCUGGAGGAGGAUGAUUACAUCAUUGAGGUACUUGAAGAAGGAAGAGGAAGUCUCGUCAGCUAUGCGGAGCUCGAUGCCUAUCCUGGCUCUCCAAGUUUUCGAAUCUACUGUAUCUCAUCGAUAUUGGAAGAUGACAUUGAACAAUUGCAUGCAGCUAUGGAUGAAGAAACGUAUAAGGACACGACAUCUCUGGGCGGCGACGCUAAUGCUAAGGAGGCUUCGAAUGACAGUAUCAGCGAUGAGGGCGGAGGCACAGGCGGCAAAGGCAAGAGGAGGAGCAAGAUGAAGAAGGUGGUGACGAUAAUAGCCAGGAAAAGGGGGUCAUCAGGGGCAGGGAGGCAACAGAGGAAAGUGACCGGGAAGAAAGUGAUGAAUGUGAAGCACUUGCUGUCAUUGAACGUUAAAUCCUGCUACAUCCCGACUUGCUCCACCAAGCAAAUUGAUCACAGCACUCGUCUCCUUCCCAAUAAUCCCAACACAACACCCCAGCAUCCUUCUUGA